AUAUACAGAUGAUAUAUAAAUAAUUUAAUGUGAGUAAACAGACGAAAGCCCUUUUCAUGCUGUUUCCUUCACUUUAUUGAAUGUGAUUCUCUGAUGACUGCUGUGUUUGUAAUUCAAAUACACGCUGUACGGUUGAAACAGGUCUCGCGCGCCCCCUGGUGGCAAACUCAGAUCAUGAGAAAUCCCCACGCGUACAGAGCAGCGGCUGAGCUAAGACACGGAGCUAACAGGCUAACCACAACAGCAUAGGAAGUACUUCCGGUAGGUCAACGGAUCGGCCUGUAAAGUUUAUCACAACUAUAUAUAAUCGGGGUUAUUUUAAAGAUAAAACGGCCAUAUAGUGAUGAAACGAAAUAUAAAUACAGACCGAACUAAUACUGAGUACAGUGGUGUGUGAAGUGGACGGAAAUGAAUUGGAAUCAGUUUGAAGGAUCUCACAAGCUUGUGUCCAAGAGGAAGCAGUAAUCAACCAUCUUUCCUCUGCCAGCAAUAACAAGAAAAGAGAGGCUCUAAGUAGGGCUACAGUUCUCAAUUUAUUGUCUCUUUAAUGCGAAACAGUGACUGGACGCUUGGUUUUCGGAUUUAUUAUCCCCCCAACACUAAGGGCCAAAGGACUAUAGAAACCCUUUCACCAGCAGCACUUCCAGGAGCGCAGCAUUUAGCAGAUCACCUACUUGGUAUAUUUUUUGGGGGGGGUAUUUCUUUUUUUCAUGUUUCCAACAGGUUUACCUUCCCCUAAUCCCCCAGCGCCAAGCCAAGAGGCCAAAGCGGCGGCGGCAGCGGCUUCGGAUGUGAACAGCGACAGCAGUCUCACGCCGUGCAGGAAGAGGAAGAUUCACAGCUCGGACAGGGAGGAGGAGGACACCGAUUCCGUCUCUGCUUCUCCCAGAUCCACCAGAGCCGCGUCCUGCUCGUCCUCCUCGGCGCAGCACAUUCAGAAGAAGUUGCGGUUCGAGGAGCGCUCAGAGUGCGCAGGACUGGAUGUGAAGAUGGCAGAGGAGUCGCCCACAGCGUCGUGCUCCAAGGCGAAAAGCGCCUUUUUCUCCGGCCACGCUAACGGACUCACCAAAUCCGCCGGCUCGGCGACAUUCACCAACAGCAAACCUGGAGCUGCUAAGAAACUUGUGAUCAAAAACUUUAAGGAAAAGCCCAAAUUGCCAGAAAACUACACACGGGAGACAUGGCAGAAGUUGAAGGAAGCAGUGGAGGCCAUACAGAAUAGCACGUCAAUAAAGUACAAUCUGGAAGAGCUUUAUCAGGCUGUUGAGAAUUUGUGCUCCCAUAAGAUAUCGGCCAAGCUGUAUAAGCAGCUGAGGAUGGUAUGCGAAGACCACAUCAAGGCACAAAUCGAUGAGUUUCGAGAGGACUCUCUGGACAGUGUGCUUUUCUUAAAGAAAAUAGACAAAUGUUGGCAAGACCACUGCAGACAGAUGAUCAUGAUUAGGAGUAUAUUUUUGUUUUUGGACCGUACAUAUGUUUUACAAAAUUCAAUGCUGCCAUCUAUCUGGGACAUGGGGCUGGAGUUGUUUCGUUUCUACAUCAUCAGUGAUUGGAAAGUACAGAGCAAGACAAUCGAUGGGAUCCUGCUCCUCAUAGAGAGAGAACGCAAUGGCGAGGCUAUAGAUCGCUCUCUGCUAAGGAGUCUACUGAGCAUGCUCUCUGACCUACAGAUUUAUCAAGAUUCAUUUGAGCAACGCUUUUUGGAGGAGACAAAUCGCCUUUAUGCUGCAGAAGGUCAGAGGCUGAUACAGGAAAGAGAGGUGCCAGAGUAUCUCCAUCAUGUAAACAAACGUUUGGAGGAGGAAGCCGACAGAGUCAUCACAUAUUUGGACCAGAGCACACAAAAACCCCUUAUUGCCACUGUGGAGAAGCAGUUACUUGGUGAACAUCUGACCGCAACGCUUCAGAAAGGGUUGAAUCAUCUGCUGGAUGAGAAUCGUAUCCAGGAUUUGUCUUUGCUGUAUCAGCUGUUCAGUCGUGUUCGAGGGGGAGUGCAGGUCCUACUGCAGCACUGGAUUGAGUAUAUCAAGGCCUUUGGUAGCACAAUAGUUAUCAAUCCUGAGAAAGACAAGACAAUGGUGCAGGAGCUGCUGGACUUCAAGGAUAAAGUGGAUUCCAUCAUCGAGAUAUGCUUCAUGAAAAAUGAAAAGUUUGUAAAUGCAAUGAAGGAAGCUUUCGAGACCUUUAUAAACAAGCGGCCGAACAAACCUGCAGAGCUCAUAGCGAAAUAUGUGGAUUCAAAACUGCGGGCGGGGAAUAAGGAAGCCACAGAUGAAGAACUUGAGAAGAUGCUGGACAAGAUUAUGAUCAUAUUCAGGUUUAUUUAUGGCAAAGAUGUGUUUGAGGCCUUCUACAAAAAAGACCUGGCAAAGAGGUUGCUGGUCGGAAAAAGUGCCUCUGUUGAUGCUGAGAAGUCGAUGCUCUCGAAGCUGAAACAUGAAUGUGGUGCAGCUUUUACUAGUAAAUUGGAAGGAAUGUUCAAGGACAUGGAGCUCUCCAAAGAUAUCAUGUACAUGCAAUGCCAAAAUAUCCCAGGUAACAUUGAGCUGACUGUGAACAUUCUCACUAUGGGGUAUUGGCCAACAUACGUCCCCAUGGAAGUUCAUCUGCCUCCAGAGAUGGUGCGGCUACAGGAAAUUUUCAAGACCUUUUACCUAGGCAAGCACAGCGGAAGAAAGUUACAGUGGCAAUCGACAUUAGGGCAUUGUGUAUUAAAAGCUGAGUUCAAAGAGGGGAGGAAAGAGCUUCAAGUGUCACUAUUUCAGACGUUAGUUCUGCUGAUGUUUAAUGAAGGGGAAGAAUUUUCCUUGGAAGAGAUCAAGCUGGCCACAGGAAUAGAGGACAGUGAGUUAAGGCGAACCCUCCAGUCCCUGGCUUGUGGCAAAGCAAGGGUUCUCACCAAAAUCCCCAAAAGCAAAGAGGUGGAAGAUGGAGACAAGUUUUCCUGCAAUGAUGAUUUUAAGCACAAGCUCUUCAGGAUUAAGAUCAACCAGAUCCAGAUGAAAGAAACGGUGGAGGAACAAGCUAGCACUACAGAGCGUGUUUUCCAGGACCGGCAGUACCAGAUUGAUGCCGCCAUUGUUCGCAUUAUGAAGAUGAGAAAGACUUUGAGCCAUAACCUCCUAGUCUCUGAGGUUUACAACCAACUCAAGUUCCCUGUUAAGCCUGCUGAUUUGAAGAAGAGGAUAGAGUCACUCAUUGAUAGGGACUACAUGGAAAGAGACAAGGAGAACUCCAAUCAGUACAACUAUGUGGCCUAGAGAGAGUGAGAGCAAUGCGUAGAAGGAAGGAAAGAGUGGAGAAUAAAAAGAAAAAGGAGGAUGUUCCGAAUACACAUGUGGGACAGAAUUUUCCAAUUAUCUUUACCCUUUUUAACCCAGUGACCGGCAAUUGAAUGGAAAUUGUUCUCCGGGGUAUGUUCUCGGCUGGAUUGCAUGCCCAUUUAAAAGAAAUAUAUUCUUCAGUGUCAGAGCUCUUCUCUUUGAAUUGGACAAUCUCAGAUACCUGACUCCCACCCUCAUGUUUUUUUUUUUUAUUAUUAUUAACUGAAUGAAAAGUGUAUUUAUUUUUCAGAAUUUGUUUCAAGUCAGUUUUUUUUUUUUUUUUUGGUUUAUUUUUAAGUCACGUUUACUUUUAAUUGACUGUGUAUCCUGUGCAUUAUUUCGUGUGGAGGAAAAAAUUGCUAAUAAAAUGACAUUUGUUGAGUGCUGUAGCAACAUGAGUGUAUAACAUUUAAAACUACAGAUUUCACAUAUUUAUUCGGGAAUCAAUACAAGGAGAAUCAAGCUCCAUUACUGGAGUUUAGAAGAGGUCACAGGUUGUUUGGAAAUGGGCAAAAGGCUUGAGACAAUUUCGAAGUACUUAAACUGUGCCAAAAUAAAUAAAACCAAGCACUCGUUAUAUUCUAGAACUAAUUCAUGCUGCUAAAUCUGUCAAUACAUCUGGUCCUGUCUAUCCAGAUUUUUUUUUGUUUCAGUUUGUGUUUACAAACACACACACACAUUCACACACACCUUGCAAGCUAUCUUGGGCAUGGAUUUAUUACUGCAGAUUAAGAUGAGACUUGGACAAAACCGCAAAAAUGUUAAGGAUGGCUUUCUAGCGAAACAUUCUGUUUCAUUGCAUUUGGAGGGUAAACUUUGUCUUUUAAAGUUUAUUAGAAAUGUAAUUAUGCCAAUGAAGAAUUUUUCUUUCCGAACACUGAACAGUAUAGAAGCACAGCAGUGUCAUAGUUACAAUCUCCUAGUAUUUACAAGAUUUGUAUUUCCUUGGCAUAUUACACUGAGAAGAUCCUGUAUGGCAUCACUGGAUGAAUAGAGUUGUAUGAUUAUAGUGUUUUGAUAAAUGAUAAGUGGACAAUUAUCCCAUGUCUGAAUACAUCUGCUUGUUUUUAUUGCUUCAGAUUAAACAACUGUGUUUCCAUGA